CCUCGCGCCCGCGCCGCGCGCCCUCCCGCUCCCGCCCGCCGGUGCCGCGGCCGCCGGCUAAGCAACUUCUCGAGCUCCCGCGACCGGCCGGACCCCGGCGCCGCCCCCGGCCCAGCGCCCAGCCGGCCGAGGCCAUGGACGCGCUGGCCUGGCUGCUGCCCCCGCUUUUGCUGCUCUGCGCGCAGCAGCACCGCGGCACCAGGGCAAUGAAUGACAUUGGCGACUAUGUCGGCUCCAACCUGGAAAUAUCCUGGCUCCCCAACCUGGACGGUUUGAUAGAGGGCUACGCCCGCAACUUCCGGCCUGGCAUCGGAGGCCCCCCCGUGAACGUGGCGCUCGCCAUCGAGGUGGCCAGCAUCGACCACAUCUCUGAGGCGAACAUGGAGUACACCAUGACGGUGUUUCUGCAUCAGAGCUGGCGCGACAGCAGGCUGUCCUACAACCACACCAACGAGACGCUGGGCCUGGACAGCCGCUUCGUGGACAGGCUGUGGCUCCCAGACACCUUUAUCGUGAACGCCAAGUCCGCCUGGUUCCACGACGUGACGGUGGAGAACAAGCUCAUCCGGCUGCAGCCCGACGGGGUGAUUCUCUACAGCAUCCGAAUCACCUCCACGGUGGCCUGCGACAUGGACCUGGCCAAGUACCCCAUGGACGAGCAGGAGUGCAUGCUGCACCUGGAGAGCUACGGCUACUCGUCCGAGGACAUCGUCUACUACUGGUCCGAAAACCAGGGGCAGAUCCACGGGCUGGACAGGCUGCAGCUGGCCCAGUUCACCAUCACCAGCUACCGCUUCACCACGGAGCUGAUGAACUUCAAAUCGGCCGGCCAGUUCCCCCGGCUCAGCCUGCACGUCCACCUCCGGAGGAACCGGGGCGUCUACAUCAUCCAGUCCUACGUGCCCUCCAUCCUCCUGGUCGCCAUGUCCUGGGUCUCCUUCUGGAUUAGCCAGGCAGCAGUGCCCGCCAGGGUGUCUCUAGGCAUCACCACGGUGCUUACCAUGACCACGCUGAUGGUCAGCGCCCGGUCCUCCCUCCCGCGGGCAUCGGCCAUCAAGGCGCUGGACGUGUACUUCUGGAUCUGUUACGUCUUUGUGUUUGCCGCCCUGGUGGAGUACGCCUUCGCCCACUUCAACGCUGACUACCGGAGGAAGCGGAAGGCCAAGGUCAAGGCCAAGGUCAAGGUCGAGGAGCAGAGGGUCGAGAUGGACGUGAAGAAUGCCAUCGUGCUCUUCUCCCUUUCGGCCGCGGGCGUCACCCAGGAGCUGGCCGCGUCCCGCCGGCAGUGCCGCGUGCCCGGGGACCUCAUGGGUUCCUACAGGUCGGUGGAGGUGGAGACAGAGGAGACGAAGAAACAGGGGGCCCAGGGGGGCCUCCGUGCGCUUUUCAAGCCCAUCGACGCCGACACCAUCGACAUCUACGCCCGUGCCGUGUUCCCCGCGGCCUUCGCCGCUGUCAACGUCAUCUACUGGGCCGCGUACACCAUGUGAGGCCGGCUUCGCAGGUCCCACGCCCGGGACCUCCUGGGGAGGGACCCCCGGGGGGCUCUGCGUGGUUCACGGCGGGGAGGACCACGGGCCACGUAAGAGGAGAGGAAGGCCUCAGCCUCGCUCGGCACCCCCAGGCUCUGUCCCCACCCUCACCCGGACCCCUGGUCUGCAGAAGACGGCCCAGCAGCCCAGCCUCCUGACCUGGGAGCCAGGCAGGCACCGGGCCCCAGGGAGCCUUGCGUCUGACUCGGAAAAGGACCCUGAUUCUGGGACUUAGCUCUGUGGGUUUGCACCGGGGUGGGGGGGGCUCGGGGCCGGGCGUGGAAGGUGCUCAUCUUCUCGCUGAGAAAGUGGGAAGGCCUUUGGUCCCAGCAUGAAAUAAAACGGAGCCUUUGGCC